AUGAAUGGAUCAAGGACCCAUUUGUCAAAAACGAAAAAAAGCAGAACGCCAACACUACUGUCAGUAGGCAAAACAAACAACAACAACGUUGACUGCGACGUCGUCACUAUAGGAAGAAACAAAACAAAAGCGACAACAAAAGCAGCGCAGCGGCGGCCAAAGACAUUGGGCAGAAUUUAUAACGGCAGGUGUUUGAUGUUGACGUUGGAGUGGUUUGGUGUCGCUUUGAAAUAACCAAAACAAGAAUAAUUAAAUAAUCACUCUUGAAAGUAAUAAACAAGAAAUAACAAAACGCCAACUAAAGAAAAGUGAAACACCACACAUAAAUGUUAAGUUAAGGCGCAGAGAGCUGCUCACUCCCAGUGACAUACAAUUGGUGGUACCAUUGUUCAAACGACAUGAAGUGAAUAUAGAAUUGUAAAUUUCUAUAGAGAAAUGAGCUCUUCCAUAGCAACAGCCAACACAACUGGCCCUGUUUCCACAAUGGCUGCUAUAGGACCCAAUAGCAUUAUGCCCAGUGUGAGCGGUGCUCGAGCCUCUUCCGCUGCGCCUCCAAAUGCCAUGCCUGCAAUGGCAGCCCAAUUUCGCGAAAUCCACAAAAACACUUGGCUCAAACGUUUGACGGCAGAGGGUAAAAAAGUGUUUGUGGGUCCAAAAAAAUCUGACCGCAGCUGGGUGGUGUUUUGUGUUCAUGACGACACAGAAGCUUUGCUGGAAGGCUAUGCCGAACCGAGGCAGGCUCCCUCACAUAAUCCCGAAUGGGUUGUCUCUAUGCAGGAUACAUUACACAUUUCGCACGCACUAAUUCCAAACUCGCAUGAAUUCGAAUUUGUUGUCACGCUCAGUAAUGAAGUGGUUCGUUUUCACGCUAUGUCAUGGGAUAUUAUGCAAGAAUGGGUUGAAACAUUGCGCUCCAAGCUGCGAGAAAUGAAAAUACUUUCACCAAGGGAGAAUCUGUAUACAAAAUUACCCGAAGUGCGUCUUCCCCUAUUGCCAACAAGAGAUCCUACUUCACCACUGCCAGCUCCACCACCUGUACCAGCAGCCAUAGUGCCAGGUGUGGAAAGAGUUAUUCCACCUAGUGUUCAACAGCAACAACAAAAUAAUACAAUUGCCAAUGACAGUAGCGCAGUCACGGAAACUCUGAAUGAUGUUGAGACUACGACAACAGCAGUUUCAAAUGCAUCUUCCAACACUUCCUCCAACGAUAUUGCAAGUAAUAACCCAAUUUCAGUUAAUAACACACCGUCCAGCACCAUUGUAACAUCUACUACAACCAGCACUUCCUCAUAUGCAAUGCAACAAACGACAGCUACAACUACACCAAUACUUACAUCAAUGUCAAACACUUUAACUCAAAAUUUAUUAAAUAUGUUAUCAGAUCCCAUUAGUGCUUAUAGUGAACAAAUCAAUGAUGCUAAUUCGUCGUCGUCAUCCCUUGAUCCCGAUGAAAUGGCAAAUAAUGCCACAACUUUAUCACUGAGUUUAGACAGAGAUUUACAGUUCAAUGAGUCCCAGGUCACCGAAGAGGAAUUCAUAGGACCUCUUUUACGAAAACCAAGUGUUAAUACCAGUGAUUUCAAUAGCUUCGCUAACCACAAUAGUGUGCGUGUGGAUGUUUUAGCAUCGCAUCGAGCAUCUGCAGAUCAUGUUAGAAAUAUGGAAAAUUUCGUACAAUUAGAUAGUCGCAUACCAAGGCCACAAACUUCACGUUCCCUCUCGGCAGGAGCCGUUGAUAAAUCUAUUAAACGUCCCGUAAACCAUGUUCAAGAAAAUGAACAUUUAAUUAAAGAUGCCUCCCAAGCUUUGGUAGUAGCCAAUUCAUUGAGCAGCAGAGGUAAUAACAUAACAGAAUUAGAAGUUAAUUCCGAUUUUGAGUCCCAGUCAGCUGCAUCAAAUUCUGCAGAUACAAAAUCGAACAUUACAAUAAUACAGGUGUCGACAAAUAUUGUAAAUGGUGAUAAAACGUCCACUAGUGAUAAUGAUUAUGAACCUCCUAAAUUACCACAUAAGUCGUCAAAUGCUGAGAUAUUUACAUUUACCGAUGCCCAUGUUGCCCCAACAACAACAUCCACUCCAAUCAAAAGUAGCAAGCAGCAUGAAUACAAGAGUAAUGUACAAAUCAUUCCGUCCAGUAGUAGUAGUAGUAGUAGUAACAGUAAUAGUAGUAGUACCAACACUAUCCAGGUAAUGGGUAGUGUUGUGGCACCACAAAUAAAAUCAGCAGUUGGAAAUCAGUACACAACCCCAGUAAAAAAGACGGCAGCUGUAGUUGCAGCAACAACAGCCGCAACUAUUGACGAACAUAGCAAAGUUACGACAGUUCAUGUGGCAGGAACUGAUAACACUUACGGCACUUGCUUCACACAAACCUCAUCCAUGGUUUCAACAACUUCAGCGUCACACUCGUCCACGCCCAAGUUACCUAAAAAGAUUAUUUUAUCAGCAAACACAUCUGGAAUUACAAACAUAUCUGUAAAUAACUCCACCAGUGAUCAUAUACCAAUGGCGGCGGCAGCAGCGAGAAGAGCCUCGACGAAAACCGAUAUUGAAAAGGCAGCAAAUUCGAAUAAAAAUAAUGCUCUUCAUUAUGAAAAAGUUUUUCUGGCAUCAACAGCUGCGGCUGCAGGAUCCAGUUCCGGAACAGUAGAUAUCAUAAGUGCACAUCCAACAACAUCGUCAUCAUCGCAGCAACCAGAUAUAACACCAAUGUCUCCAAAGUGGAGUUCGCCGCUUAGACAAAUGGCCCAGAACAAAUCAAAAGUAGACUUAGGCCCUUUAUCGCCCACGCCGAAACCAGCAGCUAAUGGUAUUUCAGAUAAAAAGCCGAAGACACAAGCAGCCGCUAAACAACACAGCAGUGAGCAUAAUGAUAGUCGCGUAAAACCCACAACAACAGCUCAUGGCUCGGGCCAUGCUACGGCUGAACAAACGGUGGUGACCCUGCAAAAAGUUGGUAGUCCUGCCCUCCAGAGGAGAAGAGUUGCAUCUCCAUCCAAUACUCAGACUAAUGCACAGAUUCCAAGGCCACCGUUUGCACUGACACGGGGCCUUACGGAGGCCGUCAUUACCGCUAGACCCAGUCGAAGAGAUUUCCAUUUCCUUAGCAAGUUGUCUUCGGCAAAAGCAAAGUCAUCGCAGCAAACUUCGGCAACUCCUAAUGUGAGUAACAAGUCCAGUGUUUCAAAUGCAAAUAAUAAUGGUGAUGUGCCGGGUCCUUCUACGGCUUCCACGCAAACACCUACGCACAUGGCAAUAAAUAGGGCGACAUCUGAAGCUGUUGAACAACGCAGGCGUAGUUCCUCCACCUCAGAUGCCCAAGGACAGCGGCAUUCGCGCGGUGCCAACAACAAUGAAUUCUCUAAUCGCUCCAAUGGUGGAAAUGCUGCUCUUCGGCAGCCUCCCCAACCAUUUCGUGUGAGUGAAAACUUAUUAGGUGGCGGUCCCAGUAACAUGCACAAUAACACAUCAUCUCCAUCCAAAAGAAUGACACUGCGUGAGCAACAAGUAAUGCAGUUGCGUCGCGAAAUCAUGCAUCCUGGUGGGGUUCGUUUACAACUUCGGCGAAAAGAUUGCGUGGGUUCCAUAGCUUGGGUGGACGCAUUUGGUGCUGUGUGGGUUGCUGGUUGGAAGCAAAAGGAACAUCCAGUCUUAUACAAUGCACUACAUAUUGGCGAUCAAUUACUUUCCAUUGCCGGUGUAACUAUAAGUUCAGCUGCAGAGGCAAAUAAAAUAAUCAGAAACACUAAUACGCUCUUUGUGGAAGUAUUGGUACGCAGAAUACCAUUUGGCAGGGGGUAUGCCAUACGCCGUGAAAGAGAAGGACAAUGUUUGGGUUUGAUUCGCGAUGGAAAUACAGCUACAAUUGUCGAUGUAGUCCCCAACAGUUUAGCAGCUAGACAUGGGCUUCCUCCGAAGGCUCAAUCGUGUGAUGGCACAACUUUGACAUUUUGGGUACUAACUGAAAUAAAUGGCCGUCCUCUAAAUUUGUUCUUUAAAGACAAUGAAAUUCGCGAUCGUUUAAAUUCUGUUGGACGCGAUAUCUCCAUAUUGGUGCAGCCGUCAGAUUUGAUAACCAAACUCAAGAAGCAAUUGAAGUCAUUACGCGGCUAUAAGGAUUACUUGGUGCAAUAACCCUAAUUGAAAUAAGCUUAAAGCUUAUUGAAUGUUUUUUUAAACAACUAUAAAAUCAACAACACAAGACACACAUACAUACAUAGGUAUUUCACAAAAUAUACUCACUUGAAAUAUUGUUAAUGUCGUUUUUGGGAUUAUAAAAGUAACCGAAGACGAAUCCAUUAUUCAUUCCAAAUUGUAAUUGUCUCAAGAAAAUCUUAAUAUAUAUAUAGUAACGAUGUAUUAUGAAACUUAUAGUCAGUAUAUAUAUACACUAUAUUGAAGUAAGAAAGUAGACAGGCAUAUGCAUACACAAACAGACAUAUACCCAAACAUACACAUAUAUACAUCCUUGUAUUUAUAUAUCAUUGAAUAUAGGUUAAUUACUGAAACAAGUCAUCCAUAUAGACAUGUAACCGUUCAUAUAUAUAUAUGAAUAUAUCUAAACAUACAUAUAUAUUUUUGCAAUUACAUAUUUUAUAUACAACUCUAUACAUAUAUACAUAACUCAUAAGAUUAUAUACUUACAUAAAAUAACUAUUGUAAAGAUUUCAAAUUUUAGGUAAUUAUUAUCUAAUUCUAUUUAAACAAAAAUACUCACAAAACAAAUAGGCGCAAGCUAUAGCAAGCAACAAAAAAAAACACCCACUUACAUUUCGUGGUUUUGGCAUACCUACCUACAUACUAUGUAUUUUUGGGCAAAACACUGAUAAAGUUAUAGAAAAAAUUGUUAUUUUGGAAUUAAGUGCAAAAUUUUUAUGAAAAUUAGUUAUACAUACCACAACAUUACAUUGGUGUGAUGACACUCGUACAGAGUUUGUUAUGAAUCGGAUGCCUAUCUCUUUGGAAUUACAAAUUAACAUACUUAAUUACAUCAUAUUAUGUAUUGUA